AUCGGCAUCAAAACGCAACUAUGAAUGACGAUGGAGGGUAAGAGGUAUGCCACCUCGCGCAGAAAGGCGUGUCAGCACUGUUCAAGCGCCAAGGCUAAAUGCGACCUGAGAGAUGGAGGUUGCUCGAGGGUUUGGGCUCGAGUGGUUCUCCUGCCUACGAUCUGGAUGGGAGCAGUCGAGCAGUCUGGAGGAUCGGUAGCACAAGGUUCAAUAGCGAAUGUCAACGGUAGCCCGACAAACACCUCUCUUACGGCGUCCAGUGAAGGUCAUACUCCAAACGCGUCUCUACUCAAUAUUAGAAGACAUGUGGAGACACCCGAAUUCACAGAAUUGGACCUCGUCUGUCCUAUCAAUGUCGAGGACAUAAGCAACCGCUGGAUAAAUUCCUACGUCCCUCUUCCAGGGCAGAAACGGAAGGAUUAUCCUGCUUCAGUCACGGCUUUUAUGUAUAGGAUCCUCAACUCUUACGUAGCUGUUGCAGUACACGGUCGUGGACCUCCACCGUUCGUUCACUCUUCGCAGGUAUUGCCUACAUCGACUAAGCUGCCGCUAUCAACAUGUCUAAGUCUAGUCCGAAUUUGCGAAAAACCACGACCAGGAAGUGAAAUUGUCGCGGCAGAUAUGCUCCGCAGAGAGAUGAAUAAUAUCUACGAGCAACGCAGCGAGUACGAUGACAUGACUCUUCUUGCCGCUUUUCAGGCUUACAUGAUCUACUGCAUGGCUCUGUUUUUCACACUCAACCAAACCUCCGAUCCAUUCCUCCGACAAGCAGUCAUGAAUCUUCAAGAACUUGCAUGUGCAACUUGUCGACAGGGACUCGUCUGCACCGCUGAACAACAACAUACACGACCGAAGUGGGAAGCAUGGAUUGUCGCUGAGUCAAAGAGACGCACGUUGUACGCAAUGUAUCUUCUCGACGGUCUACUCUCAACUCAGGACGGUCUUCCAACUUUUCUAGGUACGGAAUUGUAUGGUUUACCUGCGCCGUCAGCAGGGGUAUUGUGGAAGGCUAGCACGCGCCAGGAAUGGGAAAGGGGGUAUAACAUUCAUCUUGCAGAUUGGGUUGAGGCGAGUCUGUAUAUACAUGAACUUUGGCCGAUACCUCCAGAUAUGGAUGAUGAUGGGGUUGUUGAGCGGCGUAGUCGGGUAGAUCAGUGGUUGGAGAAUGUUGAUGAGUAUGGGACUAUGAUGUAUGCUGUUACGAAUUGUACACAUGGCGGUUGAUGUGCUCU